AUAAUGUAUAAUAUACGUUCUCUUAAUUAGUAUAUGUGGAGUCCGCGGUUUUAACAAAUUCAGAAGAUAACUAUGAAUGAUAGUAAUAAGCAGCAAGAAUUGUUGAAUACCUUAUUACAGUUAGCAGAAAAAGAGAAGAAAAACGGUAACACUUCCAUCACCCAAGACAAGCUCAACAACCUUUCCAGUUAUAUUAUCAAUCACAACAAGCAGAACCAGUUUAACAAGUUCAACACUUAUUAUCCAGUGCCUGAACCUGAGCCCCUCCCACUAGAUAAAACUCCUACACAAAACCCCAUCAACAAAUACAGUCCGUUGUUCAAGAAGUUCACUCUUCCCGCCAAGAAGACCACCACAACCGUACGGAAGUUCAACAAGAAGUCUACCUUCAAAAAAACUGAAAAUUUGAUCAUAGGCAUACUCGAAACCUUAGCCAAUAUAUUGGAUAACCUCCACCUAUUCUCCAAAUUCCCCAUGUUUCCACAGAAGCUUUUAGGCUUGUUGAAGCAAACCAACAAACUAUGGAUCUUAAUACUUAUAUUUCUUAUUCGAAAGACCGUGAGUCAGUUGUUGAAUUUGAUUAAGAAGGAAAAUAAGAUCAAAGUGGAGUUAAAGAUAGUCAAGGAAUCCUCCAAUAAGAUGUUUGACAACACGAUCUUGAAAAAGUAUGAGAAGGUGUUGAAGGACUUGAAAUUCGACAAAACCAUGUUGAUUUUAGAGUUGUUUGGUAACUUUCUCGACUUGGGAUUCAACUUCAUUGAGUCCUACGGGGUACCGGUACCAGAUUGGUUCAUGAACAUCUUGAACUUUUCCAGCAUGUUCAUGACGAUCUACAGAAUGAACAAGGACGACGAAUACAUUGACGACGACGUGACGGAAGAGUUAAUAUAGCUGAUGAAAUAUCUAAUACCACUAUUUAUUGU